AUGGCACCAGAAGCAAGGACGCAGCAGCUGCAGCUAGCCGCAGCGCCGCCGCCGAUGGAGAAGAAGACGUGCCCCGUGGCCGUGCACCUCCCGCGGGCACCUGAUGAUUCGGCCCGGCAGCUGGUUGUGGGCCGCUGGCGCUCCUCCCUGGCGUCGGGCCUCCGCGCCGCCCUGGCCUGCAUCAUCGUGGGCCUCGUCUCCCUCUACGCGCCGCCCGCCGUCCGCCGCCACAUCACCUUCCCGGCCUUCUCCUACGUCGUCACCGUCAUCAUCGUCACCGACGCCACCCUCGGCACGGCCCUGCGCGGCGCCGUCAGCGCGCUCCAGGCAACCCUCAUGGGCGCCGCGCCCUCCGUGCUGGCGCUCUGGCUCGCGCACCGCACCGGCGCCGCCGAGUCCGUGCUCGCCACGUCGGCCGUCGUGGCGCUCACGACCUUCGCGGUGGCGCUGCCGGAGUCGGUGGACCCCGUGGCCAAGCGGAUCGCGCUGGGGCAGAUCAUCAUCAUCUACGUGGCCAGAUUCCACAAGGGGGACCACCCCACCCGCGCCUUUGCUGUGCUGCACCCGGCCAACGUGGUGGCGUGCACGGCGCUCGGGGUGGCGGCGGCGCUGCUGGCCGUGCUGCUGCCAUGGCCGAGGCUGGCCACGCGGGAGGCCACCGACAAGGCAAGGGCGUACAGGGCGCUCGCGGCGGAGAGGGUCAGGGUCAUGGUCGACGCCGCCAUCAUAUUCAUCGGCGGUGGGGAGGCGGCGGCGGCGUGCACCCGCCAGCGGCGAUGGCAGAUGGCGGCUUGCGUCUCGGAGGCCAACCGGCUGGCAUCGGCGAGCGCCGCACUCCUCCGCCGCAUGAACGCCAUCAAGGAGGAUGUGCAGUGGGAGCGACGAGCAAUAGCAGUGGAUUACGACGGGGUGGAGACGCCGCUCACGGGAAUGCAGAUGGCGCUCAGUAUGAUGGUGAUCGACGUAACAACUGAGGACAGCAAGUGCAAUAACCUGCUGCAACUGCAAGAGCAUCAUGCCGACGUCAUGGCCAUGAGGGACCACAUACGCCUCGCCCUCCUCACGACGCCUGCCAACAAGCAGACUGCAAGCUUCGCCUCCAAGCCACCCUACUUGCCAUUGCAGACGCAGCAGCAGCAGCAGGAUCCUUGCUGGCUGUUCCUCUUCUCGCUCUAUCAGCUCCGAGGAGCAGCGGGCGGCUUGUUGCUGGCCAGUGAUAAUGCCGAUGCCAACGCCAACAAGAAGAUCGCGCCGGCAGCAGAACAGUCAUCACUGGAUGAGCAACCAGCCGACCAUGGCCACCAGCACAAGAGCAGAGCAGACGAACAAGAGAAAACGGCCACCAAAGGCAACAAGAAGCUCGUGGCUGCUGCCAAGUGCGGCUUCUCGCUGGGCCUUGCCGUCCUGCUGGGCCUGCUCUUCAACAACGACCACGGCUUCUGGUCGGGCUUGAUCGUGGCCACCACCAUCUCCACGAGCCGCGACUCCACCUGGGCCGUAGCGGCCGCGCGCGCCCACGGCACGGCCCUGGGCUCCGUCUACGGCGCGGUGGGCUGCCUGCUCAUCUCGCAGCAGCAGCUGAGUGGCAUGAUGGACCUGCGGCUCCUGGCGCUGGUCCCCUGGAUGGUGGUCGCCACCUUCCUCAAACGCAGCAGCGCCUACGGCCCCGCCGGCGGCGUGUCGGCCGCGCUUUCCGUCGUCAUCAUCAUGGGCCGCCGCUACGAUGAGUCUCCCAUGGCAUUCACCGUCGCGCGCCUCGUUGAGACCUUCAUAGGAAUCUCCUGCGCCGUCAUGGCAGACAUCCUCUUCCAACCAGGAGCGAGGCCGUCGGUGAAGGCGAGGGAACACCUCACCCGAUGCAUCGCCACCACGCUUGCAGCCAGCUCUGCUGAUGGCCCAUCACAAUCACAAGUGAUUAGCAAGAGCCUGGCCCUGCUCAGGAGACACGCGGCGGAGGCCAGCGGCGAGCCCUCCUACCUGUGGCUGCCGCCGUUCCCGACGGCCUGCUACGAGAGGAUCCAGGGCAGCCUCGGCAGGAUGGCGCGGCUGCUGCAUCUCUACCACCAGGCACGCGUGGUGGCGGGCGUGGAGGCUGAUGAGGACAUGAAGAGGAUCCACCGGCGUUUCAGCAGCAUCGUCUCCACCUCCCUCAGGCACUGCCUCCGCAUGCUGUCGUCAUCACCACCGCCUGCUGAUCCUCCUCCUCCUCCUCACCAGGAGGUCAUCAUCAAGGACAACGACCUUGAGGCUGGGAAUGACUCCUCCUCCUCCUGCUGCUGCAACAAGGAGGAGGACGACCAGCAAGAGGCAACGGCCCCGGGGGAGGUGGUGGGCGCCUUCCUAGCGCACGCAGCAGAGGCGGCGGCAGCGUUGCUGGACCUGGACGACGACGCCGCCGGUGAAGCCCAAGCAGAGGGGGACGACAGGGGGCUGCUGGUCUGCUGCCUGGGCUCCAUGGGCCUCUGCAUGGGAGAGAUCAUCAGGGAGGCCCAGCUGCUGGAGGCGCACAUCAUCGACCUCAACAACCUGCAACCUCACUGA